CGUAUACCUUGUGUACCGGAAGUAAAUGUUGAGAACUGAUGUGCAUCGGGAAUUAUUUCAGCCCACGGUGUGAAAGAAGAUGGACACACUACAUAAACUAAAACAAUUUGAUGCCUAUCCGAAAACUCUUGAGGAUUUCCGAAUUAAAACAUGCGGUGGAGCUACGGUCACCAUCAUAAGUGGUCUCAUCAUGUUGAUCCUGUUCUUCUCAGAGUUGCAGUAUUAUCUCACUAAGGAGGUCCAUCCUGAAUUGUUUGUGGACACAUCACGAGGAGACAAACUGAAAAUCAACAUUAAUGUGAUAUUUCCUAACAUGCCGUGUGCCUAUCUCAGCAUUGAUGCCAUGGAUGUUGCUGGAGAGCAGCAGUUGGAUGUGGAACACAACCUGUUCAAGCAAAGGCUCGACAAGGAUGGCAAUCCUGUCACUACAGAGGCAGAGAAACAUGAUUUGGGACAAGAGGAAGGUGAAAUCUUUGACCCUAGUAAGCUAGAUCCUGAGCGGUGUGAAAGCUGCUAUGGAGCAGAGACAGAGGAUUUGAAGUGCUGUAACACCUGUGAUGACGUACGGGAAGCGUAUCGCAGGCGGGGCUGGGCCUUCAAGAACCCUGACACCAUAGAGCAGUGCAAGAGGGAGGGCUUCAGCCAGAAGAUGCAGGAGCAGAAGAACGAGGGCUGCCAGAUUUAUGGCUUUCUUGAGGUCAACAAGGUGGCAGGAAAUUUCCACUUUGCCCCUGGAAAGAGUUUCCAGCAGUCCCAUGUUCAUGUGCACGCUGUGGAAAUUCAUGAUCUGCAGAGCUUUGGACUAGACAACAUCAACAUGACUCACUUGAUCAAGCAUCUAUCCUUCGGGAGGGACUACCCUGGUAUCGUCAAUCCUCUGGAUGGCACUGAUGUUGCGGCUCCACAAGCUUCCAUGAUGUAUCAGUACUUUGUGAAGAUUGUCCCAACCAUCUAUGUGAAAUGGGAUGGAGAGGUGGUUAAAACAAACCAAUUCUCUGUAACGCGACAUGAGAAAGUAGCCAAUGGGUUGAUCGGAGACCAGGGCCUACCUGGUGUGUUUGUAUUAUAUGAACUCUCCCCUAUGAUGGUCAAAUUCACAGAGAAACAGAGAUCAUUCACUCAUUUUCUUACAGGACUGUGUGCCAUCGUAGGAGGUGUAUUUACAGUGGCUGGACUAAUUGAUUCCUUGAUCUACCACUCGGCAAAAGCCAUCCAGAAGAAGAUUGAACUGGGCAAGGCAUCUUAGUGGAGUGUUUUGCACAAGGGCAAACCAGACUGUUCAUCAUUCUCCGGAAGGGCCUAUCUGUAAAAGGGAAGUGACUACAAACUGAUGCUAACUAACAUGGCAAUAAACAAAAUCAGAAUAAUCUCCCUCAAUAUGGAAAGGAAAUUUUACCGCUAACUCUCCCAUUAGUUAUUUUUGUUUUUACAUCCCUUAUCCAUACAAAGAAUGAAAGACCGACUCACUGGACAGAAGAGUGAUUUAACAGAUGUUUUUGAUCACAUUUGAUUCAUCCCCAGUCCAAGCACAUUGUAUAUCAGUUGCUUCCAAUAUACACGUAACAAAUAUAAACACAACAUGGAACAAUUUCAAAGAUUGUACUGAUUUACAGUACAUAUAAGGAAAAGUCAAUGAAAAUAAAUUCAUUAGGUGCUAAUCUGGAUUUCACAUGACUGGGAAUACUGAUAUGCAUCUGGUCAGAGAUACCUUAAAAAAAGGUAGGGGCGUGGAUCAGAACCAGUCAGUAUAUGGUGUGACCACCAUUUGCAUCAUGUAGAGCAACAUCUCUUUCGCAUAGUUAAUCAAGCUGUUGAUUGCAGUCUGUGGAAUGUUGUCCCACUCCUCUUCAAUAGCUAUGCAAAGUUACUGGAUAUUCGCAGGAACUGGAACAUGCUGUCUUAAACGUUGAUCCAGGGCAUCCCAAACAUGCACAACGGGUGACAUGUCUGAGUGUAGGCCAUGGAAGAACUGGGACAUGUUCAGCUUCCAUGAAUUGUGUACAGAUCCUUGUGACAUGGGGCUGUGCAUUAUCAUGCUGAAACAGGAGUGACAAUGGACCUCAGGAUCUUGCAUUCAACUUGCAAUCGGUGAGAAAAAAAGAAGAAACCUGCUAGUAUCACUGCUCUUUAUUAAGCUUUAUGUAUCGGCCUCAAGGUCUUCAUCACUGCUUUAAAAAGCAGUUAUGUGUGUUGUCUGUAGCUUAUGCCUGCCGAAACCAUAACCCCACCGCCACCAUGGGGUACUCGGCAAACCACUCACCCACAACGCCAUGCACGCUGUCUGCCAUCUGCCCGGUACAGUUGAAAUCGGGCUUCAUCCAUGAAGAGCACACUUCUCCAGCGUGCCAGUGGCCACUGAAGUCAGUUACAACGCCAAACUGCAGUCAGGUCAAGACCGUGGUGAGGAUGACGUGCAUGCAGAUGAGCUUCCCUGAGACGGUUUCCGACAGUUUGUGCAGAAAUUCUUUGGUUGUGCAAACCUACAGUUUCAUCAGCUGUCUGGGCUGCUGGUCUCAGACGAUUCCACAGGUGAAGAAGCUGGAUGUGGAGGUCCUGUGCUGGCGUGGUUGCGAGGCCGGUCGGAUAUACUGCCAAAUUCUCUAAAAUAUGAACUUUACAUUUUUUUUGGCAACUGCUCUGGUGGACAUUCCUGCAGUCAUGCCAAUUGCACACUCCCUGAACUUGAGAGAUCUGUGGUUUUGUAUAAUGUAACAACACUGCACAUUUUAAGUGGCCUUUAAUUUUCCCCAGCACACGUUGUACCUUUGUAAUGAUCAUGCUGUUUAAUCAGCUUCUUGAUAUGCCACACCUGUCAGGUGGAUGGAUUAUCUUGGCAAAGGAAAAAUGCUCAAACAGUGAUGUAAACAAAUUUGUGCACAACAUUUGAGAGAAAUAAACUUUUUGUAGGCUUAUUUCUGGGAUAUUGUAUUUCCGCUCAUGAAACAUGGGACCAACACUUUACAUGUUGCGCUUAUUUUUGUUCAGUGUAUAUACCUUUCUGCCAUUCUCAUCUACCCUAAAUCUACUGUCGUGGACAUGUUUAUCCCAUCCCUUUAAUUUCUAAUCUCUUUGAUCAAUCAUGGACCCUUCAUUUACAUAAUUAUUUGUUAUGACAUUGGACCCGAGCAGGUUGAAUGUGUUUUUUAAUGUGUAUUCAUUAGUGCAAAAAGUUUUGCUAUAGAAUACUUUUUGCAACUGAAAUGAGUCUUAUUUGAAAAUUUAUUUGGGUCCCUCCCAGUUUUGUCUCGUUUGGUUCCUAGUGAAUACACCCCAGAUUGAUGGAAUCUCUGACCGUCGUUGAGUGGACUACUUAAGGAGACCAAAUGAUGCAGUUUAUUGUUCUUUUGUUGUGAUUGCACAUUUUGAGAUCCAAUUCAGGGGCCUGUGUUGAGUGAAAGUGGGGUUGAGGGAAAGUGUGUGGUGUGUGUGUGUGUGAGCGCAUGUGUACAGUUUAUUGUGUGUGUGUGUGGGAGAGGUAUUUAUAUUUUGAGAAUCCUCAACGGUUUUUAAAAUGACAAAAUAAAUGUUGAAUACACCA